CAUGUUUCCCAUCCUGACUGAAGGUACCUGACUCCAGACAGAGGAGCGCAUGUGUCUGACUGCAGGUUCCACUGGGGGUCUAUAGGACUGUUCUCUUCAUAAACUGGAAACAUCGGGAAGUCGUACCUGUCCUUUUUUUUUCUUUCUUUCUUACUUUGAAAUGAAGCGUAAAACUUGGGGAAUAACAUACAUUCAGUUUCAAACUUGUGCAUCUUUGCCGAACGGUGAUGUAAAGGAUGUUAAACCUUAUUCCAAUGGAAACUGCGCCUUAUAUAAAAUAAACUGAGCCGACAAGUGUGCAGACAAGAUGAGGCUAAACCUGGUAUUGGUGUGGCCAUUACACUGGGGCCUGCUGCUUCUCUGUGUGGUAACCGUCUGCAGCCAGCUAGUGUCCACUGGCAACCAAAGCUCCAGAGGACAGACAGGGUCAUCACAGGAGAGGACAGGGACUUGUGAAGUGGUUGCUGCUCAUCGCUGCUGCAAUAAGAACAAGAUUGAAGAACGCUCUCAAACAGUCAAGUGCUCCUGCUUCCCAGGACAGGUAGCAGGGACUACAAGAGCUUUGCCCUCUUGUGUUGAAGCCUCCAUUGUACGACAGAAGUGGUGGUGUAAAAUGGAGCCAUGUCUAGAGGGGGAGGAGUGCAGAGUUCUCCCUGACCUCACCGGCUGGUCAUGCAUCUCUGGGAACAAAAUAAAGACCACUAAGGUGGGACGGUAGCGAGACAGAAGGUCCGUGUAAUCACCACACGCCUGUGCUACAGUCACCUCAACUAACAUUGGACUCCUGAGGACACUGAACGCCUAGAUAAAGCAAAAACAAUAUAGAUUUAAUUAGAUAUCUCUGGCUGAGCUUUAAACUGUUGGAACUCAUUAUUUUAAUUUCCUUUGGCUUCGACAUGAUUUUAGUUAGGGUUAAUCCCGUGGAGUGGACAAUCUAUUAGAAGCUGAGUUAAGAUAAAAUGACGCAGCGCCUUUUUUAGAACAAAAAAAAGCUCCUGCAGAAGUCUGUAUCACUGCUUAGUGCUUGAUAUGCUGGGCACAUUGUGACGCACUCAAUCAAAGUUUGGAUGGGUCUGCUGGCAGAAACUUAAAUAGAGAUUUUGUGGAUUUUCAGGAGGCAGAAUGUGAAUCCAGUGUGUGGCGUGUGACUCUGUCUGCCUAUCAAAGCAUGAGACUGCAAACACUGAGAAAUUUAUGAUUAUGUACCAUUUGUAGCUGAUGUCGCCCCCCCUGUAGAAAUACCUGACUUCAGUAAAGAGGUCAGAUCCCUUUGGACUAGUCGUAACCACAAAACGACGCACUCACAAAACACACACGAACACACAUAAAUUGAGGCUGUUUUUCAACUCCACUGGUUGGACAGGCCGCCACCUGCAAGGCUGUGAUGGCAAGCACACAAGCAUGAAGCUCUGAUGCAAAACAAGGACUGUUUGAAAUGCUAAUCAUGGGGAGAAAGGGGAGAGGGAAGAGAAGAGGAGCUUCUUCACUGCUGAGAGUAUUUACAUCAUGCUUUUGUUUGUCUCUCUAAACUGAGUGCUCCUGUGGAGGGGACUCUGCUUAUAGUAAUGAUGGGAAACAUUGGAGAUGCGAUGCCUCCAAGCAAAUCGUAGCCACUACUAGAACAAAAUGUUUACUAUUAUUCCCACUUCAUCAGCCAUCCUCUUCAUGAAUUAUAUUCCUUCUGGACCCACCUUGAUUACUUCUCUUUUAUCUCUUGAGUUCCGUCAGACACUUUGCCUUUUUACCUUUUGCAAUGUACAGAUAAUUUCAGUCACUGUAUUAGACGUGUACAAAUACCACAUACUGUGAUAGCUGAGAGCGGAUGAAUCCAAAUGUGUUUGCUCAACAUUUACUUUGCACAAUUAUGCAAUAUGAUUGUUGUGGUAGUGUCAAAAUUCUUCACUGGGUUGUCAAGCAAUUUGAAGCAAUUUAUGCAUGGCUACGCUUUGUACACAUUCAGACUCUAAUAAUUUACGUUAGCAGAAUGUAGUAGAAAAUGUAAGCCUUGCCAUCAUAAGAUUCAUAUCGUGUUUAUUUAUUUAUUUAGUUCUUUUUUUAGAUGGUUAAAACACACCCCUUUAAUCAGGAAUGUGUUUAGUUGAAAGUGACACUAGAGAUGAACAGAAGACACAUUUUGUGGUUUCGUUGAAUGUUUAUCUCAAAAAUUAUACUUCUCAAAGACUGUGACAGUAUUCUGGAACAUGGUAAACAGCAUGAUCUACUUCAUAUUGUAGCUGCUUUUAUAAACCCAACAGAAGAGCGUGAUGCAGCUGAAACAGUAUUAUAAAAAAGAUCAAGAAGGGCGAGAUAGAUAAAGCAAAAAUGAUGGUAAAUCAAAAAUACUGUUUACAAAAGGCUAGGGUGUUUUUGACUUCGCAGCUCACUAUGAAAUGUAAUACAAAUAAGAAAAAGGUGGGCGCCGUAAUAGAAAAUACUAUUAUAUCAUGCAGUGCCACAAAGUGAAAGUGGCCUUAGAGUUGAAUUAACAUGUGUCUGACUCAAUAUGUAGAAUUAUAAGUGACAAAAACACCAUAUAUUGUAUUAUCAUUUAUCAUACUAUGUACAAAUUAGGCUGCAAAACAAGAUGUAACUCAGUAUUCAUAUGACACUUAAGAAACUGUUGUUCUCAGU